CCGGGACUGGACGUGGAUUUUCGGGACUACUCCGUCUCCUCUCAUCGGAUAUAUGGUCCAUCGAGCAACCGCGAGCUCGCCACUACUCUUACUGACGUCGGUAGAAGAAGGCCGUGGUGCUGAAAAAUCCACUUCCCUUGAAGGAAGCAUGGAGACGAAGACGACUACUCCGCUCCUGACUCCGUACAAGAUGGGCGAUUUCAACCUGGCGCAUAGGGUUGUUCUCGCGCCGCUGACGCGGUGCAGGUCGUACGGGAACCUCGCCCAGCCGCACAACGCGCUGUACUACGCGCAGAGGGCGGCGCCGGGCGUCCUCCUCAUCGCCGAGGCCUGCGCCGUGUCCGAGGCCGCGCGGGGCUACCCGCACGUGCCCGGCCUGUGGAGCCAGGAGCAGGUGGAGGCGUGGAGGCCGGUGGUCGACGCUGUGCACGCCAAGGGCGCCGUCUUCUUCUUCCAGCUAUGGCACACGGGCCGUGUCUCGCCCACCGAGUUCCAGCCUAAUGGGCAAGCUCCGGUGUCGAGCACGGAUAAGCAAGUGCCGCCUGAGGUCGCCCAUGACGGUAGUGUCCUGGAGUUCGCGCCCCCUCGAAGGUUGGAGACGGAGGAGAUACCCCACAUCGUCAACGACUUCCGGGUCGCCGCUAGGAACGCCAUGAGAGCCGGGUUCGACGGCGUGGAGAUCCACGCCGGCAACGGGUACCUGAUCGACCAGUUCAUGAAGGACGGCGUCAACGACCGGACCGACGAGUACGGCGGCGGCCUGGACAACCGCUGCCGCUUCGCCGCCGAGGUGAUCGCGGCCGUGUGCCACGAGGCCGGCGCGGGCCGCGUCGGCGUGCGCCUCUCCCCGUUCGCCGACUACGUCGACUGCGUGGACUCCGACCCGGAGGCGCUCGCGCUGCACGUGAUGGGCGUCAUGAACGGGCUCGGUGUCCUCUACUGCCACAUGAUCGAGCCGCGGAUGUGCGUCAACGAGUGGAUGAUCCCGCGGCGCCUGCUGCCGUUCAGGAAGGCGUUCAAGGGCACCUUCAUGGUGAACGGCGGGUACGACCGGGAGGAAGGGGACAAGGCCGUCGCCGAAGGCUACGCUGAUCUUGUGGCGUACGGGCGGCUCUUCCUGGCCAACCCCGACCUGCCAGAGAGGUUCAGGAGGAACGCGGUUCUGAAUAAGUAUGACAGGAGCACGUUCUACACAUCUGAUCCUGUUGUUGGGUACACCGAUUACCCUUUUCUUGAAACGGAGGAUUAGCUAAGGGCAUGAACAGUGAUUGAUAAGACAUUCUUAUCUUAAUCCUUUCAUGCAAUUUAGAGAUGACAAUAAAACCAUGUCUACGAUAGAGUAUGUCUUAGUCUUAUCUUAAAUAACUAGUUAUUUGUAAUAUAUAGUGAGACAUAUUAUGCUAGGAGAUCAUCUCUUAAAUAAGAGAAAACGAGUCUUUUCUUGUGAUUUCUUUCUUCUCCACCUCAACAUUUAUCCUAUGUAACAAUUUUAACAUAGCACCAUUGUACAUAUCCUAA